AUGGCACUGCGAUCUGUCAAGCAACUACAUGUACCACAGAAGUUGACCGAUGUCAGAAAGUUAGCAUUUGAUUUGAGAGCUUACAUGAAGUUAUCACCUCUCAAUUUUGUGCACGUUAUCAGCGUGAUUGGUAUAAUCUACAUAUGGAAGCAAACAUGGUCGAUUCCAGGUUCAGCAAUUGUCAAUGUAAUCCUUGGAGCAUUACUGCCAACUUGGUUUGCGACCUUUUACGCAUGCUUACUGACAUCUAUCGGUGGUUUCUUGAGUUCAUUCACAGCCCUUCCAGUGGCCCCACACAUCCAUUAUCACUUUCCAAACGCAAUUAGCAAUCUUCGCUCAAUCAAUAAAGACCCCUACAAAUUGUUCGAAAGACUACUUAUUGCUCGAUUAAUUCCUGUCAUACCGUACGCAGUGCUUAAUCUAGCCGGUGGUGUUGUGGGUAUUUCCUACAUACCAUUCAUCGUUAGUUUGUUCCUUGGUAGUAUUCCUAUGAACGGUGUUGCAUGUGCAGUCGGAGAUGUUCUCGUCAGUUUGGCAUAUGUUGACGAAGGUGAAAGCCUCAGUCAUAGAAUGUUUAGCUCAGAAAUGAUAAUUAAAUUCGGCUUUCUUUCGAUUUUGGGCUUACUUCCUGUCCUUCUCAAGCAUUUGUUCGUACCAAUGACCAACACGGCAGUACCAAAGCAAUCUUCCUCCAUACACAUUUCAAUAAAGAAGCAUCUUAAUAAAGUUUAUAGUCACGUUCUACCAGCUUCAUUCAUAAAUCAAGACGCAAGUACCAAAAAUACUGCAGAAUGUACAAUAUCUUAG